AUUGAUUUCGUGAAAAGUCGAUCAAUAUACUGCGGAGUAAUUUUUUAGUUGACAUUAUCACCUUGGAUUCAAAAUGGUGGACAUUUGAUCAGAAAGCUGUCACAUGAAACCAUAUUUUAAUGUUUCUUCGUUACUGUAGACACGUAAGGUUGUAAUGUAGGAGAAUGCCCCCACCCCAGAGGUUGCGUCGGCCUCGCCCCCGGGCGCGGAUCAAUGGCUGGACCCUGCCACCACACCCGUUACAGUGUGUAGCCUGGUUUGCUGUCAUCUACUUCGCCUUCUUCUACUUUACCACCUUUGUGCCGGCUCUCCCUGACGAGUGGCAGAUUGCAGGCUAUGUCUUAACAGGACUAGCCUUCCUGUGCCAUAUCUUCACUCAUGUGGUGGCCAGCAGCAUCAACCCGGCUGACCCAGCCGUGCUGAGGAUACAAAAUGGAGGGGAAGAGUUUGACCGCAACAAGCACCGCCAUGUCAUAGAGAACAUGCAUUGCUACAUCUGUGAUGCCGAUGUGGGAUCGCGGUCAAAACAUUGCAGCGCCUGUAAUAAAUGUGUCAAUGAUUUCGACCACCACUGUAAAUGGCUGAACAACUGUGUGGGAGGCAGAAACUACAAGUGGUUCCUACAGGUGCUGGUCACCGGUGUCGUCGGUAUCUUCUUUAUACUGGUCGUCACACUGGUGGAGAUCGUAGCCUACAGUUCAGACGCCGAGACGGGGAACAUCUUACAGCCAUAUAUAGAUGUAAAGAAUAAUGUAACAAGUGAACCAGUGUUCUACUUGGUGUACCAGCCUGUGCCAAAGGGAGGCUUCCUGGCCGUCCUCAUCAUCACCGGUAUACUCCUCUUCCUGGGACUGGCUCUACUACUCCACCUCUUUGUGUUCCACUGUUACCUCAUGUACCACCAUAUAAGUACCUAUGACUACAUAGUUAAACAACGGGAGAAUGAUGGGGGUAAAAAACCUGGAACAGACAAAGUCCAGAAUAAAACAAAGCGGAUAAACAAAGUUGUUCCCAGUAAACAAAGACAAAGCAUAAGAAUGAUGAGUUCCUCAUCCCCUACCAAGUUGAAUGAUGCCAAGGAAAAGAGUGAACUCAGCUUGUACCACCAGAAGUCAGAGGAAGAUGGCCGCCGGACAGAGGGCGAGACCCCACCCCCAUCCUCCAGUCCAAUACAUCAGAAGGUGACGACACAUACAGAGACUAACAACAACAAAGAAGGAAGACUUCCAGAACAGAACAGAAAUCCUAAUGAUGAUUUAACAGCAUUAAGAAAAAUUAAAAAGAGAAAAAAGAAAAAUUACAAAAUGAAUUCCAAUUAUGAAAUAUCUGAAACAGAUAUGAUUUCUACCAUAGAUAACCCAUCAAUGUACAAAGCACAGGGUUUCACUGCAAGCCUGGAGUUACCAGUAUCCAGCCCCAUCAAAAUCACCCCACCCCCACCUCAACUCACACCUGUCAAUGGUGCGGGUCCCCCGGCGGAGUACCACUCUGACUCCGCUGAGAGCCUGGCCGAGGUUGUACCCAAUCUGGCUAGUAGCAUCAACUCCUCACUUAGAAACUCUUUCCAGGUACAACCUGGGGACCACAGUAGUGCCAUUCACAGUUCUAGUGCCAGUCCAGGAAAGAAUAGUAGAAAAAGUAGUAAAAGGAGAAGAAAAAAGAAAAAGGAAGAAGAAGAAAAACAAGUAGAUUUAAAUUCUACCAUGCUUUUCCAGUUAAAUUCUUCAGCAAAACAAAACCCAGAUGGAACCCUUGACUACACUGAUGGGUUCAGGAAACUGCCCUUGACCCCAAUCUCACUGAGGAAGAAUGGGACUUCUGAGGAGUUGAGGCGUCCUAGUGCUGUGCCUCCCCUAGACCUGGGGCCACUCAGGGGAAGUAGUGAAAGUGUGUCCUUUCAACCAAUCAGCUCACUCAGGUCAUCAGACACCUACCGCACAUCACGUCUACUGGGGAGUCUACCAGAACAACGACCCUUCGUAGACACUGAGGUCUAGUUACUCCCAGCUGAAGUAGAGUUGUGUUUUCAUUCUUAACAAACAAGGCCUCUGGGAAGUUAAACUCUGUGUAAUGUUGGAGAACACGAUGAAUGGUUGGAGAGACCGAUCUGUCAGUCACCUUCGUCAGUAAUUAGAGUUUGUUUCAUUGUUUUUAAAUCAUUCAUAUUUCAUGCCUACUUCACACAUUUCUUCCUGUUAAACCUUAGGAUUGUAAUUAAUUUGCAGCAGCAAUAACAGCUGAUUUUUGUUUCAUCAUACUCUGACAAGAAAAGGGUUGAGACAUCUUACCCAUAGCAAAGUAUGAGUGGUUUAUAGUUCUAACACCUGGUCCUAGGCCAAUUUUGGUGGUUUUAAAUUUUAUCAAAAGCAAAUAGAAGAUUUUGAUACAUGUACUAUGAAAACUACAUUGGAAAAUUUCAAUUUUAUCUUCGAUUUUAUGGAGUGUUAAGUUUUAAGUAAGAUGUCAGAUUUGUUUUCCUCAACAGCUCCUCUUUUAAACAUUUUCAUCAUACAUUGUGUCUAUGUGAUAAGUAUUAUUCAAACUUACGCCACAUGUGACUGGAGGUUUGUACAGCAGUAGGUGCUAGCUGUGUGGGACACGUACAGAUAUAUAGUUGUAGGUUAUGUGAGUUUUAUACGGUCAUCUUCUACAAAUAACCUCUGAUCAUUAGUCUUGUUAUAUUGUUGAGUUAUUUUUGUUACUCUCAACAUUUUAUAUAUUAUUGUUUAAACUUAUAAUAAUGUAAUUUAUUUGAAAAGCAUUCCAUAUACUGGCAUGUUGAUUGAUACCCUGUACGUUUCAGUGAGUGUAAGAACAACCCAUUUUAUUGUAUAACAACCUGAUCGGUACAACUAUCUCAGAAACACCCCACCUGAUGGGUGAUCGGUACAACUAUCUCAGAAACACCCCACCUGAUGGGUGAUCGGUACAACUAUCUCAGAAACACCCCACCUGAUGGGUGAUCGGUACAACUAUCUCAGAAACACCCCACCUGAUGGGUGAUCGGUACAACUAUCUCAGAAACACCCCACCUGAUGGGUGAUCGGUACAACUAUCUCAGAAACACCCCACCUGAUGGGUGAUCGGUACAACUAUCUCAGAAACACCCCACCUGAUGGGUGAUCGGUACAACUAUCUCAGAAACACCCCACCUGAUGGGUGAUCGGUACAACUAUCUCAGAAACACCCCACCUGAUGGGUGAUCGGUACAACUAUCUCAGAAACACCCCACCUGAUGGGUGAUCGGUACAACUAUCUCAGAAACACCCCACCUGAUGGGUGAUCGGUACAACUAUCUCAGAAACACCCCACCUGAUGGGUGAUCGGUACAACUAUCUCAGAAACACCCCACCUGAUGGGUGAUCGGUACAACUAUCUCAGAAACACCCCACCUGAUGGGUGAUCGGUACAACUAUCUCAGAAACACCCCACCUGAUGGGUGAUCGGUACAACUAUCUCAGAAACACCCCACCUGAUGGGUGAUCGGUACAACUAUCUCAGAAACACCCCACCUGAUGGGUGAUCGGUACAACUAUCUCAGAAACACCCCACCUGAUGGGUGAUCGGUACAACUAUCUCAGAAACACCCCACCUGAUGGGUGAUCGGUACAACUAUCUCAGAAACACCCCACCUGAUGGGUGAUCGGUACAACUAUCUCAGAAACACCCCACCUGAUGGGUGAUCGGUACAACUAUCUCAGAAACACCCCACCUGAUGGGUGAUCGGUACAACUAUCUCAGAAACACCCCACCUGAUGGGUGAUCGGUACAACUAUCUCAGAAACACCCCACGUGAUGGGUGAUCGGUACCACUAUCUCAGAAAAACAACACGUGAUGGGUGAUCAGUACAACUAUCUCAGAAACACCCCACGUGAUGGGUGAUCGGUACAACUAUCUCAGAAACACCCCACCUGAUGGGUGAUCGGUACAACUAUCUCAGAAACACCCCACCUGAUGGGUGAUCGAUACAACUAUCUCAGAAACACCCCACGUGAUGGGUGAGCUCCAUGUUUGAUAUAUUUCGUUAUAUUAUGUUUGUUCCCACUAUUUGGGCGUUGUUAUACUUAGUAUGUCCUAGUAUUCUCAGUGGAUGAAAACAUUAGUUUUACUAAUACGAAACAAAACUAUGAUAUUUCAGGGUGGUAAAAAUGCUUUGUGAUAGUUUAUUUAUAUGUUAACAGUGUGUAUAAACUGAUUGAUUCAUGCUUUCUGCUGCUAAACAAUCCAAGUGAUAAUUCAAUGUUUGUGAUGUGUCUGGUGCCACACGGCUCGUAUUCUAGCUAGCCGCUUUGUUAAUUAUUUAUUAUAAUC